AUGACAUUAUCCAUGAGAAAAAAGGUUUUGGUUCGUCUGUUGGUAGCAGUGGUGAUGAUAUCGUUGCUGGAAGUGGCAAAUUAUACAUUUAAACUCACUAGGUAUUUACCUUCUAAAGCGGGGGAAUGUUUUUUAACUGACAUACAGCUAGACGACCUACGUUUUAUGUUACUCCAUGUGAGCAAAUCAUUGGAAGAAUUGGGUGUAACGUAUUGGUUGGAUUAUGGAACUCUCCUUGGUGCAAUUCGGGACGGUGGAAUUAUCAGGCACGACUAUGAUGGCGAUAUAUCGACAUUAUCUAAUGGAAAGCCAUAUACAGACAAACUACGGAAACGUUUACGUUCAUUUGGAAUAACACUCGGACCAGAUUAUUGUGUGGACUAUCCAUGUUUGAUACUCAACCUGAGUCAAUCAUCAGUAUUCAACCUGAUUCAAUCAUCAGUACUCAACCUGAGUCAAUCAUCAGUACUCAACCUGAUUCAAUCAUCAGUACUCAACCUGAGUCAAUCAUCAGUAUUCAACCUGAGUCAAUCAUCAGUAUUCAACCUGAUUCAAUCAUCAGUACUCAACCUGAGUCAAUCAUCAGUACUCAACCUGAGUCAAUCAUCAGUAGUCAACCUGAUUCAAUCAUUAUUACUCAACCUGAGUCAAUCAUCAGUACUCAACCUGAGUCAAUCAUCAGUAUUCAACCUGAUUCAAUCAUCAGUACUCAACUUGAGUCAAUCUUCAGUACUCAACCUGAGUCAAUUAUCGGUACUCAACCUGAUUCAAUCAUCAGUACUCAACCUGAGUCAAUCAUCAGUACUCAAUCUGAUUCAAUCAUCAGUACUCAACCUGAGUCAAUCAUCAGUACUCAACCUGAGUCAAUCAUCAGUACUCCACCUGAUUCAGUCAUCAGUACACGACCUGUGUCAAUCAUCAGUAUUCAACCUGGAUCAAUCAUCAUUAAUCUGCUACUUUUGA